AUGUCGGGCAUCUUCGCGCCCUCCGCCGUCGCGCUCGCCAGAGCCGUCGCGGCCGGCUGGGCCAACGUCGGCAGCGCCGCGGCGCAGCUCGUCAUGCCGCUAGCCUACGAGCUCAUCCUCCGCCUCGGCGUGCCCAUCACCGUCGCCUGGCGCGUCACCUACCUCCUCCCCUGCGCGCUCCUCAUCGCCACGGGGCUCGCCGUCCUCGCCUUCCCCUACGACGACCCCCGCGCGGCGCCAGCGUCGGCGGCGGAGCCAAGACCGGCAAGAGCUUCUAGAAGGUGGUGUGCGGAGGGGUCGGCAACUACCGCGCGUGGGUGCUCGCGCUCACCUAUGGCUACUGCUACGGCGUCGUGCUCAUCAUGGAGAACGUGUCGGCCGACUUCUUCCGGAAACGUUUCCACCUCCCCAUAUGGAGGCGGCGGGCGCCGCCGCGGCGUGCUUCGGCGUGAUGAACGCGGUGGCGCGGCCAGCGGGCGGGGUGGCAUCGGACGCGGUCGCGAGGCUGUUCGGGAUGCGCAGGAGGCUGUGGCUGCUCUGGGCCGUGCAGAGACCGCCGGGGCGGCACUUUGCGUGCUGGUCGGCAGGAUGGGCGCAGCGGAGGCGCCGUCGCUGGCGGCCACCAUGGCCGUGAUGGUGGCGUGCGCCGCGUUCGCGCAGGCCGCGUCGGGGCUCACCUUCGGCAUCGUCCCCUUCGUCUCCAAGAGGUAA